CCGUCACACGUCUCCCCUCCUCUCCUCCUCUCCUCUCCUCUCCUCUCUCCUCCCUCACACGCCCUCGGCCGCCUCCCUCCGAGACCUCCUCCCUGGCCUGCCUGUCCAGCCGAGUGCUCUGUGACCAUACGAUGCUAUGGAGGGCCUGAGUAGAACACUGUGUUUGACCGCCGUGCUGCUUAUUCUGACAGAGGUGCGCCCAGAGCUGGUCCGCGUCCCCCUGAAGGUCCAACACGGCGUGGAGGGACGGUCCGUCCUGCUGGCGGUGGAGACCCUCUUCCGGCUGAAUGAGUCGGAGGUCCAGGGCACGUGGUCCCACACCAGGCCCAGCGGCGCCCGGACCACCCUGGUCACCUUCACCAAGAACUCCACCAUCACGGACAUGACGCGCCGCGACCGCCUGCAGUUCCGCGGGCCCAACGCCUCGCUGCAGCUCCUCACGCUGCGGCCGUCCGACGAGGGUGUCUAUCGCCUGGACCUCAACGUCGAGUUCCACAACCGCACCGGCCACUUCCUCAAUGUGGAGAAGACGGUGCAUGUCACGGUGGACGUUCCUGUCUCUUCUCCCACCAUCGGGAUGAGUCCCACGUAUCCCGUGGUGGAGGACAGGGAGAACGUCACCUGGUCCUGUUCGGUCCAGAUCGGGACCAAGGUGGGGUUCCAGUGGCUGAGGAACAACGUGGUGCUGAGGCCCGGGAAGAGGUACUGGUUCUCGGAGGACAGCUCCACGCUGGUGGUCAGCCCUGUGAGGAAGGAGGACAAGGGGGAGUACAGCUGCCUGGCCAGGAACCACGUCAGCCAGAUGCUCAGCCGGAGCAUGGACCUCAACGUGUACUACGGCCCCUACAACCUGGCGGUGAACCCGGCCCAGGGCCAGGGCCAGGGCAAUAUGUUCUACAUCAACCCCGGGGAGCUGUCGUACUUCGACUGCAAGGCCGACUCCAACCCGCCCAACAGCUACGUGUGGAUCUCCAAGAACGCCAAUAGCAGCCAGGUGGUGAUGCUGGGGCCCCGGCUGAAGGUGCGCUUCUACCGCCCGUUCCAGCGCGAGGAGUACCUGUGCAGAGCCUUCAACAACGUGACGGAGAAGCAGGACGAGACGCAGUUCACCCUGUGGGUGACCGGUUCCGGGACAGGCAAAGAGAAGCACUCACAAGUCAGCAGCUCAGUAUCGCCUCUGGCAGCCAUUACUAUCUGCUCGUUGUUCAUCAUCGCGUUUAUGGUGUUGUUCUUUCUCAGGAGAGCGUGCCAUCCCAAGAGAGUGCUAAUGAACAUUUACAACAGACCACUAACGGAACAGAGGAGACCACAUCUAUCAGGUCAUGAAGAUGCAACAGAGGAUUUCGGUAUCUACGAGUUUGUCGCUGUUUCUGGGUUAAUGGAAUCCACACAGGCGUCUUGCAGAUCUCUUGCCAGGCUCGAGUCAAUGCAGGACGUGCAGACAACGAUCUACGACGUCAUCAGACACGUUCCCGAGACCCCCGGCCACACUUUGCUCACUGUGCCCUCCCCCACACAGGCAGCAUUGAGACAGUAGCCUGUCACUUUUGGACGCUCAACAUAUGCAGAAGUUCCCCUGUGCCGAAGUCUCACUCGCACACAGCUUUGGGUGGAUCUGGAUUAAAACUGCCUGCAUGUGAAUAUGUUCAUUCUCAUGAUGCACUGCUACUGUCUAGAGUGUACCGUAGCACGACAGAUGUUUAAUGUCUGUUAACUGCCUAUCGUUGACUGGUUACAAUUUUGUGGUGUAAAAAACGGCUUUAGCAGUAGCCUUUGUAGUGCCCCCUUGAGAGGAGAUGCUGAAAAGGCAUAAGCCUGUGUGUGUGUGUGUGUGUGUGUGUGUGUGUGUGUGUGUGUGUGUGUGUGUGUGUGUGUGUGUGUGUGUGUGUGUGUGUGUGUGUGUGUGUGUGUGUAUCUUUAUGUACACUUUAUGUAUAGAUCCACGUUCUUGCACUUGCUGUCCAUAUCUUUCAGGGAAAACAAUCGGCCACUGAUUAAUGAAGAAAGUGUUGAUGAGUAUCAUCUUGUAAAUAUUGUCAAUAUUUUUUGGCAAUGUAGAUUUGCCAUUAUACAUCAUUUUUUAUUUAUUCUUAAUGAGAGAUUUUUACCCACCAAUGUAGCGUUUCCCUCGUUCAACAUUGUUGCAAUUAAAUAUUUACAGAUAACAGAUGCUUUUAUAAAAUGACUGUACAGAAAUUAAUUAAAUUGACAUGUGUGCUUUUUGUAUUUUAAUAAAGAUU